AUGCCGGCGGCGGCGGGGGACGGGCUCCUGGGCGAGCCGGCGGCGCCCGGGGGCGGCGGCGGCGGCGGCGGCGCCGAGGACGCGGCCAGGCCGGCGGCCGCCUGCGAAGGAAGUUUCCUGCCGGCCUGGGUGAGCGGCGUGCCCCGAGAGCGGCUCCGCGACUUCCAGCACCACAAGCGCGUAGGCAACUACCUCAUCGGCAGCAGGAAGCUGGGCGAGGGCUCCUUCGCCAAGGUGCGCGAGGGGCUGCACGUGCUGACCGGAGAGAAGGUGGCCAUCAAAGUCAUUGACAAGAAGCGAGCCAAGAAAGACACCUACGUCACCAAAAACCUUCGGCGAGAGGGGCAGAUCCAGCAGAUGAUCCGCCAUCCCAACAUCACCCAGCUCCUCGAUAUCUUAGAGACGGAGAACAGCUACUACCUGGUCAUGGAGCUGUGCCCCGGGGGCAACCUGAUGCAUAAAAUCUAUGAGAAGAAGCGGCUGGAGGAGGCGGAAGCGCGCAGAUACAUCCGGCAGCUCAUCUCUGCAGUGGAGCACCUGCAUCGGGCCGGGGUGGUCCACAGAGACUUGAAGAUAGAAAACUUGCUGCUAGAUGAAGACAAUAAUAUCAAGCUGAUAGACUUUGGUUUGAGCAACUGUGCAGGGAUCCUGGGCCAUUCCGACCCAUUCAGCACGCAGUGUGGCAGUCCUGCGUACGCCGCUCCCGAACUCCUUGCCAGGAAGAAAUACGGCCCCAAAAUCGAUGUCUGGUCCAUAGGUGUGAACAUGUAUGCCAUGCUGACCGGGACCCUGCCUUUCACGGUGGAGCCUUUCAGCCUGAGGGCCUUGUACCAGAAGAUGGUGGACAAGGAGAUGAACCCGCUCCCCGCCCAGCUCUCCACAGGAGCCGUGAACUUCCUGCGUUCUCUCCUGGAACCAGAUCCUGUGAAGAGGCCCAACAUUCAGCAGGCGCUGGCGAAUCGCUGGCUGAAUGAGAAUUACGUGGGCAAAGUGCCGUGUAACAUCACCUAUCCCAACAGGAUCUCCCUGGAAGACCUGAGCCCCAGCGUGGUGCUGCACAUGACCGAAAAGCUGGGCUACAAGAACAGCGAUGUGAUCAACACCGUGCUCUCUAACCGCGCCUGCCACAUCCUCGCCAUCUACUUCCUCUUAAACAAGAAGCUCGAGCGCUACUUGUCAGGGAAAUCUGACUUCCAGGACAGCGUCUGCUACAAGACCCAGCUCUACCAGAUAGACAGGUGCAGGCCCACCAAGGAGCCGUAUGAGGCCUCCCUGGACACCUGGACAAGAGACCUUGAAUUUCAUGCUGUGCAGGAUAAAAAGCCCAAAGAACAAGAAAAAAGAGGGGAUUUUCUUCAUCGACCGUUUUCCAAGAAGCUGGACAAGAACCUGCCGUCGCACAAACAGCCGUCGGCCUCGCUCAUCACGCAGAUUCAGAGCACCAGGGCCCUGCUCAAGGACCGCAAGGCCUCCAAGCCUGGCUUCCCCGACAAAGAUUCCUUUGGCUGCCGCAGUAUUUUUCGCAAAACCUCGGACUCCAAUUGUGUGGCCUCCUCCUCCAUGGAGUUCAUCCCCGUGCCACCCCCCAGGACCCCCAGGAUCGUGAAGAAACCGGAGCCCCCUCAGCAGGGGCCUGGGAGCACCAGCCUCCCCGUCAAGGAAGACCCCCUGCUGCUGGAUAUGGUGCGCUCCUUUGAGUCCGUGGAUCGCGACGGCCAGACGGACCUGCUCUCCCCGUCCCAUCACUACAGGAUUCUGAACUCCCCUGGGGGUCUGGCUCGCUGUGAGCGGACACUCUCGCCCAUCCUGCUGCCCGGAAGCCCGUCGCCUCUCCAAACUCCUUUGCACCCCACUCUGGUCUCCUUUGCUCACGAGGAUAAGAACAGCCCACCCAAAGAGGAGGGCAUGUGCUCCCCAGCCCCGGGGCCCGGUAACGGCCCUGCGCAACCCCUGGGGAGCCCCAACUGUGUCAAGAGCCGAGGCAGGUUCCCCAUGAUGGGCAUCGGACAGAUGCUGAGGAAACGGCAUCAGAGCCUGCAGCCCCCUGCAGACAGGCCCCUGGAGGCCAGCGUGCCCCCGCUGCAACCCCUGGCCCCCGCAAGCCUCUCCUUCGACUUGGCUGAUGGGGUCAAAGGCCAGUGCUAA